AUGUAUGCUCCCAACCACCCGUCGCCGGCGGCCCCCAUCGUCGUCGUCGGGCCGCAGUUUUGCGCCCCCUACCCCGUGGAUGUCAUCGUAACGAAGAAGUUCCUCAGCAUCACCGACGGCGAUUUCACCGUGAAGGAUGUGGAGGGGAACGACCUGUUCCGUGUGAAGGGUGUGUUUUUGAGCAUGCGGGACAGGCGGGUGCUGCAGGAUGCCAUAGGCAACCCCCUAAUCACCAUGCAGGAAAAGGUGAGGUUUUUGCGCAGUCUCGUUUAUUUUUCAUCGAUUCGUUCCCCAAUCAAGUAAGAUUGAGAUCAGGUUUUCGGGCCCCAGCCACUGGGGAGGACGGAAGUGUUUAUCGAACCGUUGUCUCCAGGUGUUGACGGUUCACAAGAGAUGGAAGGUCUUUAGGGGAGACAGCACCGAUGACAGUGAUCUCCUGUUCAGCGUUAAGAAGUCCUCCCUGCUCCAGCUGAAGACUAAGCUGGACGUCUUCCUGGCGGCUAAGAAGGAGGACGUCUGCGACUUCAGUGUGAAAGGGAGCUACUUCGAGAGGUCCUGCACCAUUUACAAGGGGGAUUCCUCUGUCAUUGUCGCCCAGGUAGACCUCCUCUCCCCCCCCCCCCGGCCACCGCAACUUUCUCUCUCUAUCCCUCACUGUCGUAGGACAGCAAUUUCGGGUAAACCUAACGGGAGGGGGACCGGCGAAACUCUCUGCAGAUGAAGAAGAAAUACACGGUGAAGAACGUGAUUCUGGGAAAGGACAGCUUCGGGGUGACCAUCUACCCGAACGUUGACCACGCCUUCAUCGUCGCCCUCAUCGUUAUCCUCGACGAAAUCAACAAGAGGUCAGGCGGAGGAAGCUCGAAUUGA